GUACUUUUCAGCUCUGCUCAAGAGUACGCUGCCAGAGUCUAUGCUGAACCCGGUAUCUCGCCGCGCAAUUCCUUUGCUCUCUUGACGAAGCUACGAAGUCCGGCACUACAGAAGGAAUUAUCUAAAGUCAUCUGCACACGGCAGUACUCGUCACCUUCGGACGACUGAACUUCGCCUUUCUUUCUGUGUCGGUAGGCUGUCCGUGUGAUACGCGCACAGCCUAAAAUUGCCUUUGAACUGUCUUGGGCAAAACACUAUGGCAACACUUCAGUAUGUCUGAGCGCAGCGGAAGCACAUCCUCCUUGGACUCACUUUGUCUUGGAUUGCUUAGCGACGACCAAGCGUGGGCUUCCUCAAGUUCUAGUCUUGCAUCUGAGACUAGGCAACUUCCUACUCAGACCAACCUGAAAAUCUUACUUCGCACUCAGUCAGACACUCGGAGGCGAUGCGCGCGAAAAGUCACACAAGCAACAACCACUCAAUCACAAUGAAGUUCUCCACCGUCGCCACCAUCGUC